AUGGAAAAGAUGAUGAAGCAUCAGGAGAUAACCAGCAAGAAUCAUGAAGCCUCAAUGAGAAACUUAGAAAGGCAGAUUGGACAACUGUCCAAGCAAGCAGUAAUUGAAAGACCAACCAGUUCUGUCCUAAGUGAUACCAUUUCUAAUCCUAAAGAAGAAUGUAAGGCUAUCCAAUUGAGGAGUGGAAGAACUUUGGUGAAUCACAAAGAAGCCACCAAGAAGCCAACAGAGGAUGACAAGACCAGCAGUAAAGAGCAAGUGACAAUUGAAGAAAAGAAUCAAGAGAAGCUCAAGGAGAAAGAGGAACCUCAAGCUUCCAAGAAGGGGAAGCAAAUAAUGGAGGAGCCAUCACAAGAACAGAGGACAAUGGUGAAGACAUACACUCCCGCCAUUCCAUACCCUCAAAGGUUUAACAAGGAGAUCAAAGACCAACAAUUCCCUAAGUUCUUAGAGGUAUUCAAGAAGCUAGAGAUCAAUAUUUCACUUGCUGAAGCUCUAGAACAAAUGCCCCCAUAUGCAAAAUUCCUCAAAGAGCUCAUUAACAAGAAAUGGAGUUGGAAUGAGAAGGAGAUGGUAAUUCUAACACAAGAAUACAGUGCUAUCAUCCAAAGAGGCCUUCCUCCAAAGCUCAAAGAUCCAAGAAGCUUCAUCCUUCCUAUACUAUAG